AUAAAAGGCAAAGAUGCCAAUUUUCCAAAGUUAGACAUUUGGCCACUAAAAAUACAAUUUAUUUUGCUAUUUUAAUCUAUUCCAGUUAUUGUAGAGCUGGUUAAGUUUGGAAGGACUGUGAUAACUGAGGAACCAUACUAAAUGUUUUUUUGUGUGAUUUAUGAAUAGUACCACAUAUUUAUACAGCAAGUAGACACGACAUCCUAAAGUGUGACUAAUGCUCACUUGGUAACCCUUCAGCAUGCGUGAAUGCCAGUCAAACAUGCAUCUGAUGCACUGGCACCACUUGCAAUCUAUCUAACGUUACAUGAAUUAACAUACGCAAACACAGUCCACUUACGGCGUGCUUCCGUCUUGUGAAUUCAUUUGAUAUGGUCUCGAUGCCUCCGCUCUUGACCACAGCAAUAUAGCAAUUCUGAAAUCCAACAAAUCCCACUUAGAUGAAAUAAACAAAGCCAAGUCCCGCGUUAUGAUAUCAAUAAAUCCGCUAGCGCGCACACGCUCUUUAUUUUACCCGCGAGCAAUUUAUAUCUCGUUGAAGCGAACUUUCCGGAAACUUCCAGCCCAUUCAGAGCACCGCAGUACGGCUGUCACGCGCGGUCCUGUCCGUCCUGAGUCGGAAGUGUGUCCUGUGUACAACUUGAUGCAGCGCUGUGCAGACCAGACGGCGUAUGACAUUGGCUAUCGCGAUAGCAAGGCUGUGCGUUCACCAGUGCGUAUUUUGAAAUGAUCUCGCGGUAACUUGAUGUCAUACGCCGUUUGAUCUGCGCAGCGCCGCGUAAAGACAACGCAUCGAUUGCGUUGUGAUUUCCAGAGCUUUCGUCCAAAGCGUCUGCCGCGUUUCUAUAUUAACCACAGGCCAGGAUGGUUUUAUUUUUACGUAAUCUCGUUGUUGAAUUUGGCAUUCAGCAGACGCGUGAAAAGUGAGAAAAACACCGAAGCGGAGACAAAAAUAUGAGAAUGAUAAAUCAAUAUUUUUUAAUACACAUAGUAACGAUUUCUUUCUAAAUCUGUCAGUAAUUAACUGUCAAAGGUUUUACCGUGGGAAUUGGAAAAGACUCCGAGCCUGACGUUAAUGCCAUAAAUGUGAGUGCGUGACGUGGUGGUCGUGACAUUUUGUAUUCAGACGUAAUAUCACUCAUAUGUAGGAUGCUACACGAGCACGUUUUCAUGUUCAUCAAAAAUGAAUCAUCCCCAGCUUGGAGAAAUCAAAACAGCUACACUAACUACAACUAAACAUUUAGCAUAAACAUAGUAACGGCACCUGAUGUAUGUUGAGUAGGAGAGCGCCCGUUGUAGUUCAUGAAGUGGCCGGCAGAUGGAGCAGCCGACACGCGUGUUCAACAGGAAAUGUCCUCACAAGACAAAGCGCUGUGAUGAUUCUCCACGCACAGAAGUGAGUGUGGUGCCAACACUCUUCUCCAGCACAACCACAGCGUCCUGACACUGUGCGUUAUCCGCGCUUUUCUUACUAUGCUUUCCAAAAGCCCCCGUUACGGACACAGUGUCGCUAAAUGUUUCCUGCUUUUGUCGCUUGUGCCCUUCAUCGCUGCAAGGGAAGAUGACGGUCAGAGUAAAACGAAGAUCCAUGAUGCUGACAGACCUUCCUCUGAGAGUCAACUCGAAUUGAGAGACGUCGUGUUUGUCAUCCACAGCCAGAGGAAUUCAUACCAUGUCCAGCAAGCAGAGAAACUCAGAACAGACCUUCUCCAGCAGACACGAGCCCUUCAACAGAGUGCCCCUGUCAUCCUGCUCCUGCACACGCUGUCAGAUACAGAAGGAACAUGGAGUAUUCUCCCACUGCUGCCUUACUUUUCGUCUCAUUUUGGUAAGAACUGUUCUUGGAUCAUGUUUCUGGAAGAGGACACCAGGGUGUCACUUGAAAAGAGUCAUAGAGUCCUCCGAAAAUUUGACAGCAGAAAAGAGUGGUUUCUUGGCAAGCCAUUACACGAUGAAGAGUCCACCAUCAUCCAUCAUUACGCCUUCUCUGAGAACCCUGCAGCCUUCAAGUACCCAGACUUCUCUGCAGGAUGGGCUCUUAGCAUCCCUCUUGUCAACAGGUUGGCAAACAAAAUUCAAGAAGAUCCCUUAAAGUCAGACUUCACCAUAGAUCUAAAGCAUGAGGUGGCGCUGUAUAUCUGGGAGGACGGAAAGGGACCUCGUCUGACGGCGGUUCCGGAGUUUUGCACGUUGUCGGAGCAGUCUCCAGCCACCCAACACUGUGCCACCACUGUCAGCAGCCGCUCACCGCUGUGUGGUCAGCCUGUUAAAAGCGAAAACAUCUUUGUAGCCGUGAAAACCUGCAAGAAGUUCCAUUCCGACAGAGUCCCGGUGGUGAAGAAAACAUGGGAGAAACAGACCAAACUUCUGGAGUACUACAGCGAUUACGCCGACCCUUCUAUACCUACUAUUGAUCUGGGUGUGCCCAACACAGAGAGGGGUCACUGUGGAAAGACAUUCGCCAUCUUGAGGAGAUAUCUAAGCAGUGCCGUGCCAAAGACUGAUUGGCUGUUAAUUGUGGAUGACGAUACUCUUAUAAGCUUGCCCAGACUGCAGGCCUUGCUGAGCUGUUAUGACUCCAGUGAGCCGGUAUGUCUGGGAGAGCGCUAUGGUUAUGGAUUGGGCCAGGGAGGAUACAGUUACAUCACUGGUGGUGGGGGGAUCGUGUUCAGUCGUGAAGCUGUGAUCCGGUUGUUAGCCAGCGGCUGUAAGUGUUACAGCAACGACGCCCCUGACGACAUGGUUUUGGGCAUGUGCCUCAACGCUCUCCGAGUCCCCGUUACACACAGUCCCCUAUUUCAUCAGGCCCGUCCAGAAGAUUAUGCGAGAGAUUUUUUGGCCCACCAGACCCCUGUUUCCUUCCACAAACACUGGAACAUUGACCCCGUUGCAGUCUUCAACAAGUGGUUGAAGGACGAUAAACACUUAGAUGUACUACAAAAGGGCACUAAGGAGGAAUUAUAAUGUCUGUGUGUGCGUGUGCGCGCGUGUGUGUGUGUGUGUGUGUGUGCGUGCGUGUGUGUGUGUGAAUAGUAACGUGUCAUUUCAUUGUCUAAAUAGUGAAUCUUGCACAAAGAUGAACGGAAUGGGCUGUAUGAAUGUUUUCUUUACUGUGUUUUGGUCGCAUGUCUUAGAUUGGAAUUUGAAAGAUGUCUGAAAUAUUUAUAUUCCAAUUAUCACAAACUGUCCAAGGUUAUUUGUAGGUUUAUUUUUCAACACUUUUGUUUUUAAAGAUGUGAAUUGUGUUAAAUUGAAAUUUAUGAUAAACUAUUUCCUGUUGCCUUAAAUCAUCACUUGCAGAGUCCCGAUUUCAACACAGAAUCAAGUGCAUUUCAACUAAAGAGAAGCUGAAGCUUCUCUCUGUUGGCAGGGUUUUUUUUAGGUCCACUGUGAUGCAUGUGAUUUGAGAGCUCGAAAAGAAAAGCUUUUUUGUUCCCAGAGUUAUAGUUUAGUUAUAGUUAUAUAUGACACACGCCUACACUCACACUGUGUUACUUUAACAUCUCUGGCUAGUGUUACUUAAAAACAGCAGGCUAGUUUUCAUUUUACAAAUAUUAAAGAAAAUAUGAUUCAUAAAGUGGUUUAUUUACCUCUCUUGAAGAUUUCAUCUCUGUGAACUUUAAACCCUUUGAGAGAAGAUGCUACAGUAAAUGGCUGCAUGCAUUGUUUAUUAGCACUGAUCGUAUGACAAAAAUAUAUUUUCACAAAAUGUGUUACUGUAUUUCUAUACACAUACUUUUCUGUUUACUUGGGAGUUUGGGGUCAUUAAGAGAUGGUGAUUGUAAUUUGUGCUGUGUUUGGAAAAAGAUUUACAACGUGACACACAACAACAGGAUGUUCUCAUCAUUGUUGCUACUAAAUCUUAACAGAGACUUGAUUUAAGAACUUUACCUCAAGAUUGUCCUAAUUAAAAUGAAUAAUUCAUUUUUAAGUUUUGUUUCUGAUUAAUAAAACAUCUAAAGAUGACGUA